UAGAGGUAGAACAGUACGCCUUUAAGAUGUCGUGUGAAACACUAGACCCAUUUGUAGGAGGAGUUACGCUUGUUUAAACACUGAACCUUGCCUCUUUGCAUACUUUCGGUUGUCUGUCAAACUCCACUGAAGUUAGCAAGUGUUGUGUACUCAGCCCCAGAAUGUAGCAGCAGUUAGACCAGGCUGUUAAAGAGAUAAAUAUCCUGACGUCCAUGGCUGUGUUUAAGUAUAACCGUGUGGACUUCUUCUUCACUUGUCUUGGUCUAAUUUUUUUACUGCUCGACAUUGGGCUGGAUAUUUUUGCAGCUGUGUCUUUCUACCAGGAAAAGGAGUACGUGAGCCUCGGCUUUCUGCUGCUGUUCCUCCUGGGCUCGUCGGUGCUCGUCCAGACCUACAGCUGGCUGUGGUACAGCUACGAGAACUUCAAGAGGGACACAAAGGUUGAGAGCUGCCUCAGCAAGGGCCAGCUCAGGCUUCUACAUUACCUCCAGCUGGGAAUCUACUUCAGGCACGCAGGUGUCCUGGAGGUGUCUCUGCGCAGCUUCUUCGCAGAGGCCCCCAACCCUGAGGGUUUCGCGGUGUAUCUGAGCCAUGACCUCGCCAUGCUGCGGAUCAUCGAGACGUUUUCAGAGAGCACCCCGCAACUCGUCCUCAUGCUCACCAUCAUGCUACAGUGGGGUGAACUCGACCCCGUCACAGUGUUGAAGGCCAUCGGGUCAGCCUCGGCCGUCGCCUUCAGUGUGACCACGUACCACCGCUCCCUGCGCUCCUUCCUGACUGAAAAGCAGAAGCAGCCUGUUACCUCGUCUCUCGUCUACUUUUCGUGGAACCUGUUUAUCAUCAUGUCUCGCCUCUCCGCCCUCGCCCUGUUCGCCUCCGUGCUGCCCUGCUUCAUCUUCGCCCACUUUGUUUGCUCCUGGCUGGUGUUAUUCUUCUGCGUCUGGCGAUCCAAGACGGACUUCAUGGACACCCCAUGCGGAGAGUGGCUCUUCCGAGCCACCGUGGCCCUCAUUUGGUAUUUCGCCUGGUUUAAUGUGACCGAGGGGAAGACGAGAAACAGGACCCUGCUCUAUCACGGUUACAAACUGGCUGAUAUUUCCCUUCUCUGCGGCCUGUGGUGCUGGAAGAUGAGCACAGAGGAGUUAUAUUUUCAAAUCCCACAACGGGAAGCGAUAAUCGUUGCUGUCAGUGUUGUCGCCCUUUACAUCUUUGGCCUCUUUUUAAAAGUCAUAUAUUACAAAUUCUACCAUCCAAACCUUUACAAGGAGCCAGCACCAGCUGGAGAUGAGGUGGACUUUCCUAUGUCCAAGGACCUGGAAAAGGGUGAUCGGAUGUUUCAGAUCGUUGCAUCCGAUUUCGGUCCUGUACCAAGCCCACCACCAGCACCCAGCAUUAGACAGAAUAAGAGGAUGAGGAAGUUGGCUGAAAACUUCUACUCCUGACCUGCAUCACUUGACAUCCACAGGACGAGGAGGUUAGAAAGAGACUGAGUCACGCAGGACGUCUGUCAACACGCCUGCUUAAUCAAGAUCACAGGACUGGCUGUGUGGUAUUCAGACUAUGACCUGCUCCCUGAUUAACCACUGAUACAAUCUCAUGAGAUACUACUGAUGUCAGAGUAGAGAUUGCUUUAUUCACUCUACUUUCAUAUGAAGCCAUAGAUUGUUAAUCUGCAUUCCUUAUAAGAGACAGGUUCACACUCACAUCAAAUCUGGCUUAAAACACUACUACAUUGAAAUAGUUCUCGGUUGCUGUAAUUGUUCCUCCUGCUAAUGCUGUUCUACUUUAAGAGACAAAAAUCUGCAGUUUUUGAUGUGUGCAAAAAAAUAUCAAGGAACUGCAGGUUUGCUUUAUUCAAAUGUAAAAAAUAAAACUGUGUCUGAGGCUUCAGCAAUCUCAGCUGGUCAAAUGAGUAUCCUCAGCAGUUACAGUAUUUUAAGUACUACAUUUUUUCCUGCCCUGUGACUCAGGCAAAGAAACUCCAGGACUUUUUUUUCCUAAUGAAGAUGUUCUCAAAGUAGCAACAUCCCUGAUGUUAUCUGAUCUGUUUUAAAGAUUAUCACUAGAUUUAUUAAUGUAAUUGUUAUUGUAUAUUUUUUAUGGUAAUAAAUUAUAAACAAAAAUUUGAGUCUGAAACUUCUUAAAAUUUAUUUACACUGUACUGAGUGUUUUAGGUACACAGGCAAACUUUACAGGACUGUGUCGAGGUCCCAAACAGGUACUGAGGGGGAAAAUUGUGAUUACUGUAAUUAAAUUAGCAUUGAUUAUUAUUAAUAUUAUUAUGAUGAUAAGUGUUCAGUUUACAGGAUCACAUUCAGGCUCUCUACAUGACCCCACACUGCCUCACAGGUCCUUGAAAAUGAGAUGAAAUACUUAGUUAAUAGAAAAACAACAAAAAAAAAGGACAAUUUUAAAAACAGUAUUUGGCAUUGGAAAGAAAAAGAGGACACGUCUAGGAUUACAGGCCUUUAAAUAUCGCAUGAUCGUCUUUUGAAGGCCACGGUGCUUCAGAAACAGACAUGACAUGCAGAUAAAAUAAAGAAACAGAAAUGCAGAGAUUGUAAAUGGUCUCUCAGUUUUCUCAGAUGUGUGUCAGGACUGACUCGUCCCCAUUUCCCUUAGGUAGUACAACACUGAACAAUCGAAAGCACGCCCUUUUUAAAACGCGCUUUUCACUUUAGUAAUCUGAUCCGACAUAAAAAAAAAUACCAUGUAUUAUAGAGGUUGAGAUUGUCUCGAAGCGAUGCGGUGUUUCACAGCAACAAAAUAAACGCAAACUCCUUUUCAAAAGGAGAGAAACAUCUGAGCGAUCAAACCCCCUCCCCCUGCCAUCACAAAAUGGAUGUAUUGUUUUCCAGGAGACCUUUCAAAAUACAGUGCAGACAGGACAGUCAAAUCAAAAAAACUCUACCUAUGUAACAAAAAAGUCUCGACAGCACUUAAGAAAAAAAAAGAAUCAGGUUAAAAACAAGUAAGAUAACACUGGAUAAUAUAACAAUGCAAUGAUAAAUGUAUCAAACACAAAAUCUUACAUAUUUCCCUUUAAGAUUAUGCAUACAGAUGAUGGUUAAAGGCACAGUAUAAAUAUGCACAGUCACACACACAAGACACAAACAAAAAUUACACAGAAAUACACAUUCUCAACGGUCAAGCUGCAUGUGUGUAAUUACGAAAUCUUCUUCAGGCUCAGUAUUGUUCAGUUGUAAUCUCGUCUACAACAAGCAAAUGAAAAAUCCCCUCGAAAUACAGUUUAUGAGCAAAGUAGAAAUGUAUUGCACAGUCACCCACAUCCUUUCCUUUUUCCCCUCUGUGGGUCGUCGUGUUGCUGAGUGAUGAGUAUUUAAAGCUGUAAAAGUAAAUGUGGGGCUGUAGUUUUAAAGUUUUAACUAGAGCUGAAACGAUUACAUUGGUUAUUCGGCAACUAUUCUGAUAAUCAACUUAUCAUUUCAAAUUAAAAGUCACAAAAAUCU